AACCGUAUCGUAACGUAUCGUGUUUUCCGUUCCGGACAGGUGACUGGUCUUAGCCAAUCAUUACUUAGAAUUACUUUCGGGCGAAGCAGAUCUGAUUCCUCACAUCGUCGACCGACAAACCCAACGUUGUAGACAACGAGGAGGUGUCAACUUCUCUUCAUUUGACAAUGGCUUUGAGGACACUCAGCUGCGUUUUAUCGCGUAUGCAAGUGGCGUAUCCCAAGCCCCUGGUAUAUCGAUGGUCUGCCGGAGUCUCCUUCAAAAGUUCCUGCCCUGUUCAGAUCAGUCAUCUGGACCACCUAGUUCUGACUGUACGCAGUGUGCCCAAAACUAUUGAUUUUUACUCUUCAAUCUUGGGUAUGGAGGUUGUGACUUUCAAGGGAGACAGGAAGGCCUUGGGCUUUGGCCAGCAGAAGAUCAAUCUGCACCAGUCUGGGAAAGAGUUUGAACCCAAAGCCAAGAUUCCCACACCAGGCUCCGUAGAUCUCUGUCUUAUCACAGAGACUCCUCUUACCACAGUAGCUGCCCAUCUCCAGGCCUGUGGUGUGACCAUUGAAGAGGGGCCUGUGGAGAGAAGUGGAGCAGUGGGUCCAAUUACUUCCCUGUACUUCAGAGAUCCGGAUGAAAAUUUAAUUGAGGUGUCCAACUAUAAUCAGUAGACACAAGGGGGCAGUGUUGAACCUCUGUAUGCCCUUGAAUGUCAGCCUUGAAUUACACACCGAAGAUCAGCCUAAUGUCACUGAGUCCAUACCCCCUCCUCUCCCACCAACUCUAGUUAAUGUUCCAGUCAGAUUUGGAUGCGUGAAAAAUGCCAAAAAUUUCCAUUUAUUGUUUCAAUAUGGCACUGAAAAAGGCAUAGUAUGUGUGGUGGAGGUAAGGGCAGCAUAACCUAAGCAGACCCUACCUGAUGGCCACGCAGACAAAUAUGCUUUUGGCUCUGGCUACUCAACUGGCUGUUUCCCACUCACGCAACCCUGAGCUUAAAACAGUCAGCCAUCUCACACACUGGGUGAUAACAUCAGUUACUUGGGCCAAGACUUAAUGACUCUCUGCCCAGCUGCUGCUGUUUUUGGUGGGAAUGCUUGGACAAGCAUUUUCUAGUCAUACUUCUUGCCUGCUCGGCAAACACUGCUGCGUCCAGACCUAGAGGCCUUUUGUUUUCUCCACUUUACUGUGUUUUUAUAUAGUUUUUAAGCAAAAAAAAAUUUAUUUUUAUAUGUAGGAUGGCUGACUUUGCACCGAUGAAAAAAAGGCUUGGAGGCAGUGUUUCAAAGAUUUAGGACCAAUAUCCACAAGAUUUUACUAGCCAGUGGCAGCAGGCACACAUUCUAGUAUGGAGAAAAACAUAGAAAGAAAAAAAAACACCAAACAAUAAUUUCCAAUAACUGAAUAACUUCCAAAAUAACAAAGAUAUUUCAAUAAUCAAAAAGCAAGCUAACUAACUCUGGUAAUUUUACUCCAUACUUGUAACUCAACUGUCAGAUAUGUUGUCUGUUGUCCACCUUAGACCAAUCUGACUUCAACCUGCUCUGCUCUGGCAUUUUACUUGCCCAGCCCAAACCAUUAUACCUAUCCUAAAUCAAUUAUCCUUAAAACUACACCAAAUCGCCUAACUAUCAAUAAAUACAUACACUAUAUUAAUACAGACAGGUUUAUACACAUACAAUCAUGUAAUAUAAUUAUCUAGCACUCUAAAUAACCCACCUGUGAUCACACACUACAAACACCCCUAUCAUCCCACCAACAAUGUCUUACGAUCCGUGCCCCAACGUUCAAAAGACCAUUCCGACUUUAUGUCGGGUCUUUCCUCGGUCCUGACGCAGAACGUCAACAUGCCACCGCACAGUAAGAAGUUCGCCAUUGUUCCGCUCUGCACAAUGUUUGCCAUGCGGUGUAUGAAUGGCUCUUCCUCAGCGGUAUGUUGUAUGUUUGUGUCUUACAGAUGCGGUGAUUGUGGUGAAAUAUAGUUGUCGUGUUUGUGUGCAAAAUAAACAUUGUUCUUGUA